AUAUAGCUUUUAAGAUUUUCAUAAUAGCUUGGUUAAGAUAUUUAUAUGCAGUUUUUCACAAAAAUGUUUUUCGUAAGAAAUAAAAACAAAAAGUCGCAAGAUGUAUGUACUAUGGGCCAUCAAAAAAGCAGCCCCAUCAAGGCACCUUGUGUGCGAGGGGCGUGAGAAAUGUAUGAUUGCUUCACAUUGUUCUAAAUUAUUACCAGUCAAUUAUCUUAAUUUCAUUCAAGAAGUAACUGUGUGGUGACAGGUCACAAAUCAAUUGCUUUAUAUAGCCCCAAAACUUUUUAAAACUGAGUACAAAGUCUCUCAAGGAGACGCAAAUUAAUGAGUAGUUUUUUAAAUGCAUUAUUUUCAGAAGAGUUCAAGGUUAAAUGCUAUCACUGUGUCAAGGACUGGGACUUUUUGUACUUGCUGAAAAAAAUAACACAUUUAAGUAAAAAAUGUGGUAAAAUAUAGCUAAAUCAAGCUAUUCUAAAUAGCUUAAUAAAGUCAUAUAGCUAAUUCAAGCUAUAUAUAUAGCUAAAUCAAGAGAUUGUACUGGACCUGUUGGCAGGAAAAGCAAAGGGGCAUUAACUGAUGAAGAAUGAUGGCUCUUAGAGGUAUCAAAGUGAUUGAGUUUGCUGGUCUGGCUCCAGGACCAUUCUGCGGCAUGAUUCUCUCUGAUUUUGGGGCCAAAGUAAUUAGAAUUGAUAAGCCCCACUCAGUGGACAUGGAUAAGCUUGCCAGAGGGAAGCGCUCUAUAGCCAUUGAUAUGAAGAAACAGGACGGCAUUAGCAUUGUCAAAAAGCUGUGUUCUGAUGCUGAUGUUCUUAUUGAACCCUUCAGAGCAGGUGUAAUGGAGAAGUUGGGUUUGGGACCUAAAUCUCUUCUGAGUGAGAACCCAAAGUUAGUGUAUGCCCGGUUAACAGGGUAUGGACAGAGAGGAAUCAUGUCCUCCCGAGCUGGCCAUGAUAUCAAUUACAUAGCUACCUCAGGUGUUCUGUCAUAUCUUAGGAGGAAAGGAAAAAAACCACAUGCUCCUGUGAAUUUGUUGGCAGACUUUGCUGGGGGAGGAAUGACCUGUGCUUUAGGGAUUAUGUUGGCCUUGUAUGAAAGAACACAAUCAGGUCAAGGUCAAGUCAUUGAUGCCAGCAUGGUGGAAGGAUCAGCCUAUGUAGCAAAUUGGUUGUGGAGAUCAAGUGACCUUCCUAUUUGGGGAAGACCUCCUGGAGAAAACCUUUUAGAUGGUGGUGCCCCCUUUUAUGAUACAUAUGAAACAGCUGACAACAAGUACAUGGCUGUUGGUGCUCUAGAACCUCAGUUUUACAUCAAACUUUUGCAAGGACUGGGUCUUAGUAUAGAUGACUACCCUCAGAGCUUGUCAAAGUCAGACAAAUUGAAAGACAAACUAAUGCAAUUGUUUGCAACUAAAACUCGUGAUGAAUGGACAGAAAUUUUCAAAGAUUCAGAUGCAUGCUGCACUCCGGUACUAGAGCCAAAUGAAGCGCCUAUUCACCCCCAUAAUGUGGAAAAUAAAUCAUUUUUACAAAGCACUGAUGGAAAAUAUGAAUCGGGUCCAGCGCCUAAAUUGUCACGUACUCCAGGUGUUGAUAAAGUGUUACCAUCCCCUCAACUAGGACAGCAUACCGUAGAAAUUCUGAAGGAAAUUGGUUUCUCGGCUGACACAAUACAGAAAUUUAUUGAUUCUGAGGUGAUACAUCAAAGACAGAGCAGUGCUAAAUUAUAAUUUUUUACCACAUUUUCUGGCUGAAUUAUUAUAUGUUGUAUUUUUGCCAAUGAUAAUUUUUCAAAAUUUUCAAUUUAAGGAAAUUAUGA